AUGGCUAAAGAACAGAAAAAGUGCUGUCUGUCUACCCUUCUCAAAAUUGGCCUGUUUGGAGAUAAAGAUGGCAGCAAGGUGACCACAGUGGUGGCAACUCCUGGACAGGGUCCUGACAGACCACAGGAAGUCAGUUAUACAGACACUAAAGUUAUUGGGAAUGGAUCAUUUGGUGUGGUAUAUCAAGCUAAACUUUGUGAUUCAGGAGAAUUGGUUGCCAUCAAGAAAGUUCUACAGGACAAACGAUUUAAGAACCGGGAGCUCCAGAUCAUGAGAAAGCUAGACCACUGUAACAUAGUUCGAUUGCGGUAUUUCUUCUACUCAAGUGGUGAGAAGAAAGAUGAGGUCUACCUUAACCUGGUGCUGGACUACGUUCCGGAAACAGUGUACAGAGUGGCCAGACACUACAGUCGAGCCAAACAAACACUCCCUGUGAUCUAUGUCAAGUUGUAUAUGUAUCAGCUGUUCAGAAGUUUAGCCUAUAUCCAUUCCUUUGGAAUCUGCCAUCGAGAUAUUAAACCACAGAACCUCUUGUUGGAUCCUGAUACAGCUGUAUUAAAACUCUGUGACUUUGGAAGUGCAAAGCAGCUGGUCCGAGGAGAGCCCAAUGUUUCAUAUAUCUGUUCUCGGUACUAUAGGGCACCAGAGUUGAUCUUUGGAGCCACUGAUUACACGUCUAGUAUCGAUGUGUGGUCUGCAGGCUGUGUGUUGGCUGAGUUGUUGCUAGGACAACCAAUAUUUCCUGGGGACAGUGGUGUGGAUCAGUUGGUGGAAAUAAUCAAGGUCCUGGGAACACCAACAAGGGAGCAAAUUAGAGAAAUGAACCCAAAUUAUACAGAAUUUAAAUUUCCUCAAAUCAAGGCACAUCCUUGGACAAAGGAUUCGUCAGGAACAGGACAUUUCACCCCAGGAGUACGGGUCUUCCGACCCCGAACUCCACCAGAGGCAAUUGCACUGUGUAGCCGUCUUCUGGAAUAUACACCUACCGCCCGAUUAACACCACUGGAAGCUUGUGCACAUUCGUUUUUUGAUGAGUUACGGGACCCAAAUGUCAAACUACCCAAUGGGCGAGACACACCUGCACUCUUCAACUUCACCACUCAAGAACUGUCAAGUAAUCCACCUCUGGCCACCAUCCUCAUUCCUCCUCAUGCUCGGAUUCAAGCAGCCGCGUCAACCCCUACAAACGCCACAGCAGCCUCGGAUACUAAUGCUGGAGACCGUGGACAGACCAAUAAUGCCGCUUCCGCAUCAGCUUCCAACUCCACCUGAACAGCCCCAAGUAGCCAGCUGCACAGGAAAAACCAGCAGUUACUUGAGUGCCACUCAGCAACACUGGUCACGUUUGGAAAGAAAAUUAAAAAGAGGAAAAACAAAAACCCUGUUCAUUUUAGUGUUCAAUUUUUUUUUAUUAUUGCUGUUCUUAUUUAACCUUGUAAAAUAUCUAUAAAUAUAAACCAGUUUCAUUGUAUUCUCACUUUUCAGGAGAUCCAAGUAGUGGGAGGGGCGGGAGGGGGAGGAGCAGAGGACUAGAACACACAAUCUCUCCCAUGACAAUCUUUCUUUCUUUCUUUCUUUCUUUCUUUCUUUCUUUCUUUCUUUCUUUUCUUGUCUUUUCUUUCUUUCUUUUUCUUUCUUUCUCUCUCUCUUUCUCUUUUUCUUUCUUUUUUAAAUCAGACGUCUGCUAUUGUGUACCUUAAAAAAAACAGACUCCUGCCUCAUGCCCCCACCACAACAGAAGAAAACCUGUUCUGUGCUGGUUAUUUUCUGAUUUUGUUUUCUUUUAGAGUCUGGUGUAAGACUUUGAUACAGUGCACAGCUUGAAAUUGGUUGGGAGCUUAGCAGGUGUCACUCAACAGGGACUUAAUGUCACUUGUAAAAUGUAUACAUGUCCUCGGGUAUUUGAAGACUUGCCUUUGGCAUGUUGAUGGCAGGUGUGACAGACCAAAAAAAAAAAAAAAGUGUGUAUUGUUCGUAGCCCAGGGAGGUCACUGAACUCUGAAGCUGUAAGGGAAGAUUGUGAUUGAUUAUUUAAGGUUUGUUUUGCUCUUGACCAGUGCGAGUGUCGCAAAUGCUGACUUAGGAAGGCUGCCUCAGGGGAGCAGCGGAAUCUGCAUGCCCUGGGUGAAUCAUGACUCACCUGACCAAAGGCUGUCUGCGGAUCUGUUGUUUUGGCACCCCAGGGUGAGACUGGAGAUGGUGUUGAUGGAGCAGCUCUGGGUGCAUCCCAAGGCAGAUGACAGGAAGGCAGGCAGCGGGCCAGGGGUAGAUCUCACCACUGUGAAUGAAUUUGUCCAGAUUUUUCUAAAGUUAUUUCCCUUAGAAAAAUACCCUUGAGAGAAGACAUUGUAGCUAAAUAAUGUGAAGUGUACCAGUCUACUGCUUUAUUUUUCAUAUUUUAAUUGAAAACCAAGCUUGCAAGAAUUGCCACAUUCUUACACAUAGUUUUAUUUUAAACCCAAAUCUAGACUCUGUAUUUAAUUUCUGCUUUUUUAACGUCAUGCUUUUAAAUUUAUUUAUUGAUUCAUGUCAUAUAGGCCAUAUGAUUUUAAAUAGUAGGAAUAUUAAAAAACCAGACAUCAAAAUAAUAAAGUCACCUGUAUCUGCUGACUUUAUAGGAAAACUGAUUCUAUCAAUGUGUGUUGUAUAUAUAUGUUAUAAUACGUAUGUUCAAUACUGCCUUUUCUUUGUCUACACUAUCAAAAUUGACUGAAUCAUGAAAAGAAUGUUUCUCCACCACCACCAUUAAGAGUUUUGUUUUUGUUUUCUUUGUUUAUCAAUGAAUGGUGUAGGAAUCAGUCUCUUGUUUUUUGAAGAAAAAGCAAUAUUCCUUGGAAAGCAAGGAGGAUUGAAGGAUUAUGUUUGAGUGAGGAACAGAAUUCAUAACUAGUUGAUACUUUUAAGGUUGGUAUCUUUGUGGGCCUUAUAUACUCUAAAAUGAACCUUGGUGCUUAUGGGCCAUUACUUGACCUAUGAAUCUUUAUGGCACAAUCAGUUAUCUUUUACAUUUAAAGAUCACUUGAGUGAUGGCCACCUUUCUUUCUUUCUUUCUUCCCUUCCUUCCUUCCUCCCUCCCUCUCGUCUCACUCCUUCCCCACACAUCUGAGGUCAGCUGAUGAGCUAGGGCUGCAGAGCCCUUGAUUAUGUUGUAGUCUCCUCUACCCUCAUUACCUAACCAUAAGUCAUGUUGGGGUCUUGCCCUCUGGGUGGUUAGGAAAAGGAGUCUCUUGGCAGCCCUUAUACAGGCCCUAGCACCCUGUCAUGCCUCUCAGCCGUGUGUGUAACUCCAAGAGAGUUGUACUGCCUGCCAAAAUGAACUGACACCUAGAAAGACAUCGGUGAGCCAUCCGACUGACUCGCCGUGCCGCGAAGCUCUUCAGGCCACAAACGGGGUUUCUCAUACCUCUGGUUAUAUCAGAGUUCACAAGAGAGGAAACAUGCUCAGUCAAACCAAAUUAAACAAACAGGCUUUUACUUUCUGUGAAGUGCUUCUGAGAGAAAAUUACAGGUUGAAAGAUUCUGAAAGCGAAAUAUUUGACAGCAGAGUUCCUUGAAGGGGUGACUUAGAUAGAAAGAAUUUGUAAAGAAUCUGAACAAGCAGGUGUGUGGCCUAAGGAGGGAAACCUGCUUUUAGAGUAAACUGCCCAGCCAGACACAGUACUCGACUUGCUGUACUUGCUAGAGUCCAUAAAAAUCAGUGCUUGUUUUUAGCAAAUACCCCCAACCCCAGAUGGGGUGAGAGAAGAGUUGAGGAAAGUCAGGUGCUUUUCUCGAAUCUUCGUGUGCGUGUGUGCUUGUGUGUGUGUGUGUGUGUGUGUGUGUGUGUGUGUGUGUGUGUUGUGUGUGUGUGUGUACACGUGUGUAUGCAUAUAUGAGGGCUAAGGUGCACGAUUUUUCGUUCUCAAGGAUCAUGGCAGGAUCACAGAACUCUUAUACAAGUGAGAUCCAGGUCUCUGAAUAUCUUUUUGUAAAUAAUAAUAAUUAAAAAGCUCCUCACCAAAUUCAAGCUUGUAUAUUAUAUUUUCUUUCAAUGUUUUUGAAUUUAAGUUUUAUUGUUUGUAUGUAAAUAUGUGGACCCAGGAACUGUUAUUAAUGAGCAAAAAGUUACUGUUCAGGGCAGUGAUUCUGUUUAAUAACCAGACAAAAAUGUAGACGAGCUUUUUAAAGCCAUAUAGUUUUAACUCUGUACAGUAGGUACCGGCCUGUAUUAUUGUAACAAUAACUCUAGCAAUGUAUAGUGUAUCUAUAUAGUUUGGAGUGCCUUCGCUUCCAUGUAUUUGGUUUUUUUGUUUUGUUUUUUGUUUUUAAUUGGUUUCCUUUAUCCAUGUGUCCUUGUCUGUUCCCUUUCCCUCUGAAGUAAUGACGUUAAAAAGCACCUUUGCCCCUCCACAGUUUGAGUGGGGAGAGGAAACCAUGUGUGAAAUCUCAUUUCAUUCUGGCCUUGCCUUUGUUUUGGUUCUGGGCGUGUCUGUCUCCUCCUCAGUAACAGUGACUGGUUUCAUUUCACACUUGGUCCAUUCAGGGACUUGGUGGAAUGCUGGGAGUCCUAGAGCUGGAGGAUGUUGAAUAGAUUGGAUUUUGCUCAUCUUUUCUCCAAACCCUAACAUGGGUGUUAUGGCAGAUUCUGGGAGCCUCCCAUGCUCGCUCUCUCCUUACCUACUUCCCUCCCAAACGAGAGAGAGAUUGGUUUUUUUGUUUGUUUGUUUGUUUUGUUUUUGUUUUUAAAUAAAUCACACUGUCUUGGUGGCACUUGGCUUUUGAUACAUCAGUGGUCUUGGUGCCCUACUGACAUUGUUAGCAGUUACUGCAGUGGUGCGGGCAGCUGAGGGCUGUCAGACGGGCUCAGAGCCCAUCCCUCCCUCCUGCCAUCUUGUUGGAUGAAAUAUAAUUUUAAUUUCUUUUUUAAAAAAUCAGUUUCUUGACUAUACCUAAUAUGGCCUUUUUGGGAGAAAAGUAUUCAUUUUGCCACCAACUAUUUUGAGUGUCUUAAAUAAAAGAAGGAAAGCAAAACAAACAUUAAAAAAAAAAACCACUACCAAACCAAAGGUUGCUAUUUUGAGACAUCAUAUGUUCAUUGCACACGCAGAAGAAUGCACCUUUUUUCCCAUAGCAUACUGUGUCAUUUUUUUUAAGUCUUUAAUUUUUUUGGACCCAUUUACUGGGUUUGUGUUUUAGCAGAGUAUACCUACCCAGCCAUCCUGUCCACGCCAAUGCAAAGGUCCUGAGAGGACUGCUAUAUUCUCUCUCCCUGUGGAUGUAAAGACACUGGCCUUUCCGUUUCCUUUCCCUUCCCUUUGCAAGGGUUUUCACUUUGGAAUCUUCCAAAGGAAGUUUGGCCAAUGCCAGAUCUCCCAGAGUUGGGGUUUUUGUUUUUUGUUUAUUUCACUGUUUUAAAUCAAAAUUGUGUCUGGUUAUAGUUCACACUACUGAUUGUUCUAAUCACAGAGAUGAACACGUUUCUCCCCUGUAUGAAAAAUAAGCAUCCUUUGUGGUGAAACCUGGCUUUGCUGGUAGAAACCGAAGCCACUGAAAUUAAGAAACAGCUAGAAGCACAGGAAAGUCCUAGACUAAGGUCUUGGUUGAGAGGCUUUGGAGGUAGUCCCUGGGGGUCUGGAUCAUUUUCACAGGGUCAUGCCAUUUUAUUCAAGUUUGUUGCUCCGUUGUGUAUCUCCACAAUACAAGCAAAAUGACAGCCAGUGCAUAAGGGGUUAGCUUGACAAAGUAGACUACCUUGUGUUGAUGUUUAAGUUCUUUUUUUCUUACUAUAUCUGUCCACAGGCAGAUACAGAUAGGUAUAUGGAAAUGUGCUUGCCUGUAAAAAUUUGCAUUUAUAAAUGUGUUGCCGAUGGAUCACUUGGGCCUGUAUACAUACCAAUUAGCGUGACCACUUCCAUCUUAAAAACAAAUCUAAACAAAAUUUAUUAUUAUUAUUAUUAUUAUUAUUAUAAAUAUAUAUAUAUAUAUAAAGGACUGUGGGUUGUAUACAAACUAUUGCAAACACUUGUGCAAAUCUGUCUUGAUAUAAAGGAAAAGCAAACGCUGUAUAACAUUACUACUUGAAUGCCUCUGUGACUGAACUUUUUUUUUUUUUUUUUCAUUUUAAAUAUAAACUUUUUUGUGGAAAGUAUGCUUAAUGUUUUUUUCCCCUUUCCCCCAUACCCUUGUAAAUACAUUUUGUUCUAUGUGACUUGGUUUGGAAAUAGUUAACUGGUACUGUAAUUUGCAUUAAAUAAAAAGUAGGUUAGCCUGGAAAUGAAAUUAAAA